AUGUGUGUCCUAAAUACAACACGAGGAAGAGUUGUUUCCUCAGAGUACUUUGUGCAGACGCAGACGUCGUUACAUCGUGUGUUAGGGGAGCUUCGUCUGGCGUACUAGAUUCAAAGGUGUCUAUCAAUGUUCAUAAACCUUUGUUGUGAGUUCACGUGAUUUUGAUCUGCCAGGUCAUUGUGGCCUGCCUCCAAGUAACUAACUUGAGUGGCAUGCGCCAAGAUUGUUUCAUCCAGUUUUUGAGUUGAUAGUGCUUACGUCUUUUGGAUUCUGUCACGAUGUGGUGGAUAAUCACGUCUGUACUUCUUGCAGGGGUUACUGUAAAGAAAGCGUACUCUUUAAAUACAGAUUCCCAGCCAAGUUCGUUGUCCACUAAAUCUCAGCUAGUGCACCCUGUUCGUCUCGAUGCAAGUGGACAUCCUUUUCCUGGUGGUCAAAACUACCUCCGGCGGAGUUUAGAAGACUGGGAACAAAAAGUAUUUUAUAGAUGGGUUGCUUAUAACAAAACAUUCUUUGUCAAGUUAAAAAAGAUAACAAUUUUAUAGCUCCCCAAUUUCACCAGCAGACUGUGGAGUCAUUAGACGAAAAUUCAACGCUAUGGAUACGUCCUUUUAAAGAAAGGUGUUACUACAAUGGCUACGUUGAAGGGGACAGUCGAUCCCGUGUCUCUGUUAGUCUAUGUCAGGGAAUGUUUGGAUUAAUUCAUACGUCUCAUGGAGAUUAUACAAUUGAACCAGUGCCCUCUAGGAGUGAAAGUACGAACUUUGAUGAUACACCUCAGAAGGCACAUCACAUGAUUCAGUUAAGCCUGACUCAUUCAUCUGGAAAGAGCCGUAAAGGUUUUAUGGAAAGGUGUCAUUUAAAAGAUUCUGCUAGGUCAAAAAUAAAAAAUAAACGGGAAACUAGGAAUUUGAAUAUCGGAGAUGAAUUUCAUCGUAAUUUUAAUAAUUCCUCCAAAAUGCGCUCCAAACGCUCAGUGUCUUUUGAGCGAAAUGUGGAGGUGUUGGUUGUUGUUGACAGGCAGAUGGCUGAUCAAUACCGUGAAGAGUUACGUCACUAUGUCCUGACGUUAAUGUCAACGGUUGCAACAAUUUACAAGGAACCCAGUCUUGGAAAUUUCAUCAAUAUUGCGGUGGUGAAACUGGUUACACUAACUGAAGAAGAGGAUCGGGAAAUCAUCCAUUCAAGUGCUUCAAAGACAUUACGUAGUUUCUGCCGCUGGCAACGGAUAAACAAUCAUGACGACGACAGCCAUCCCCAUCAUCAUGAUACUGCUGUUUUGAUCACAAGGAAAGAUUUGUGUCGAGUCUCCAAAGCCUGUGACACUCUCGGUCUGGCCAACCCAGGAAUGGUAUGUUCUCGCUACAGCAGUUGUGCAAUAGUUGAAGACAAUGGCCUUAGUGCCGCAUUUACAAUAGCUCACGAGCUGGGACACGUACUGGGAAUUCCUCACGACGAUGAUUUCAAGUGCAGGAGACACAAAGACCAGGGUCAAACUUUAAAAGUUAUGGCUAGGAUGUUAGACGAGAAAAGCUACCCAUGGGACUGGUCUCCUUGUAGUAGGAGAUACAUCACCAACUUUUUGGACUCAGGUAAUGGAGAAUGUCUUAUCGACAAGCCUACAGAGAAUCUACUAAUUCAUAAUUCUUCGAUUGCGAAAACAUACCCUGGGCAGGCAUAUGACAUGGAUUAUCAAUGCGAGUUGGUGUUCGGCAGCGAUUCGAAAAUAUGUCCCUAUAUGCCUGUGUGUGGAAAGUUAUGGUGCACUCUUCAGGGAAGUAAUAACUAUGGUUGUCGGACUCAACACAUGCCAUGGGCCGACGGAACAUUUUGUGGUCUUAACAAGUGGUGCCAGCGUGGUGAAUGUGUGAAAGUGGACAAUCGAAAACAAGAACCUGUUGAUGGUCAGUGGGGCAAGUGGCAAAGGUACGGCCAAUGUACUAGAGACUGUGGAGGUGGUAUUCAGAAAUCGGUGAGAGAAUGUGACAACCCUAGGCCUGUACACGGAGGAAAAUAUUGUUUAGGGCAAAGGACCCGAUAUCUUUCUUGUAAUACGCAUAGCUGCCCACUUGGGACUCCAGAUCCCAGGGCUGAAGAAUGCUCUACAUUUAACGGCAAGACCAUGAACUUUCAUGGACUGCCCUCUAGCGUCAACUGGCUCCCUUUUUAUUCUGAAGAUCGUUCAGAAGCCUGUAAACUUUACUGUCGAGUGCGUGGUACAACUGCCCAUUUCCUGUUAAAAGAUAGAGUCAUAGACGGAACCCCAUGUGAUCAGGAUACGUUCGACAUUUGUGUGAAUGGUGUAUGUGAGAGUGCAGGGUGUGAUCGCAUCCUAGGUUCCAACAAAACUCUAGACCGAUGUGGAAUUUGCGGAGGUGACAAUUCCACUUGCAAAACAAUACGUGGACACUUCAACGAGGUUAAGUAUGGGUAUCACUUGGUCGUCAUGAUUCCAGCAGGAGCAAGUAACAUUGAAAUUCUUCAAUAUGGUUACCAAAACUCUCCUCAAGAUGACAACUAUUUAGCUCUUGUGUCGAACAAUUAUGAGUACCUUCUUAAUGGCAACUUCACAGUGUCUCCAUUUAAGAAGAUUAUUAAGUAUGCUGGCACUGCCUUGGAAUACAGUGGGUCUGUAGCCAUAAUAGAGCGUAUUAAUACAUCCAAACCACUCAUAAGAGAAUUGCAUGUUCAGGUUCUUACUGUUGGUAAUCUUCGUCCGCCCAACAUUCAGUUUGAGUACACUGUUUCUCUCCGAGAUGAAAAUAAAUAUCGUUGGGAGUUAGAGGAAAAGUGGUCAGAAUGUUCUCUCUUGUGUGAAGGUGAAACGUUCCAACAACCUGUCUGCAAAAGAAUAUUUGACAGGCAAGUGGUCAACGAAAAUCAUUGUGAUGUUUCUAAUAAGCCUUCUUACGCCAAAAUGUGCAAUGAACACUGUUCACUCAGAUGGAACAUCUCUGUUACAUCAGAAUGUUCGUCGCAAUGUAGUCGUGGUACGAGACAACGAGAUGUUAAAUGUUUGCAAGAAUUUAGCAAACACAAAACACUACAAGUUAAUGAUGACUUCUGUGCACACCUUGGUGAUAAGCCAAGUCUUACAGAAUCCUGUGAAGGUAACUGCCCAGAGUCUCGUUGGGUGUUUGGAAAAUGGUCUGCCUGUUCUAAAUCCUGUGGAGGCGGCGAACAAAUUAGAAGCGCCACCUGUGUCGACUUGGACGGUAAAAAACUAUCUGAAUUUCGCUGUGGCUCAGCGGAAAACCUCAAGAGGCAAAGUUGUAACACAGGGCCUUGUCCACAGUGGAUGACUGGAGAGUGGACAGAAUGUUCAAUGUCAUGCGGUGCAGGCGAAAGACACCGUCUUUACUGGUGUGAACAUGGCGGUAAAGCUAUUAGUGGUAUUUAUUGCAAUUCUAAGACGAUCCCAAAACACAAAGACAUCUGUAACCAACCAGCUUGUACUAAAUGGGAUCAUGGAAACUGGGGUCCGUGUUCUGUGACGUGUGGAGACGGCGUCAGCAUGAGAGCUGUUCGUUGUCGUAAGUUGGACGGUGAUAUUGUUCAAAACUACCUCUGUGAUACCAAGACUCGGCCAUUAAACUCAACAGCGUGCAAUUUGCCACCUUGUAUCCAAGCCACUAUCGCUUCAGCGACAACAGAAACGUUAACAAAUCACCUCUUUAAUUCCCGGCAGCAGAAUAGAACACCGUUUUUUAAACAAUCUUCCUUCACACCAUCAUCCUCUACUUCUAUUCCAAGACGAUCAGUGUGGAGAUCGAGCAGUUGGUCUGAGUGUUCUGCGAGCUGCGGUGAGGGAAUGAGGAUACGUCACAUCACGUGCCAUGAUGGCCAUAGUAACGUUUUACUUCCUGGGUCGUCUUGUGAUGUGUCAAGUCGACCAAUCACUCUCGAAAUCUGUAAUGCUAAACCUUGUGGAUCAUGGAGAACGUUAGAAUGGAGGCAGUGUAGCGCAACUUGUGGACAAGGUGUGAUGACACGCAACGUUGGUUGCUUCUCCCUGGAUGGAACUCAACGUGAAGAUCAAGACUGUGACCAUGAAGCUCGCCCAGUGAGUGAGAAGAUAUGUAAUCUUUCUGCAUGCAACAAAAUUCUUGGAGUUUUAAGAGAAACUGGAGAUAUUACUCAUAAUAAAGUAGAAGGCUUUUUCUGGAGAACAGGACCUUGGGGAGCAUGUUCACGAACAUGUGGUAGUGGAACUCAACGUCGCCAGGUGGCAUGUUAUGAUGAAUUGGGUAGAAUGAGCGAUCAGUGUGAAUUAGCGAGAAAGCCCAUAGAAGUUUCACAAUGCGGCGUGGACCAGUGCCCAGUUUGGUCAGCAGGGGAGUGGCAACAGUGCAACAAAUCUUGUGGUGAAGGAUUUCAAACCCGAGCUGUUACCUGUAGAGACAAAAGAGGACAAGUAAUUCCGGAAUACAUGUGUGAUGUUUACGCCAGACCUUCAGAGUCCCGGAAGUGUAACGCUAAACAAUGCCCGUUUUCUUACCCUGGUUAUCGCUGGUAUCUCAGCUCUUGGAGUCCGUGUUCUGUGACUUGUGGACAAGGUGUAGUAAGAAGAGAGAUAAGGUGCAUUGAUGGAUUAGAACGUUCAGUGUCACAUGAGAAUUGCAACGGAUCAAUUCCAGAAAGUAUUAAACAAUGCAUAAAACCAGUUUGUGCAGAGUGGAAGUGGUCGGAAUGGACAAAGUGCUCUACUAGGUGUGGAGACGGUGUAAGGAUACGACAUUCAAUAUGUAAAGAAGGCAAUGUCAUAGUAGACAGCACCAGAUGUGAGGGUGAGAAACCAAAAAAACAAUCUCAAAGUUGUUCUCAUCGACCGUGUAGCUACGACUGGUCGGUAUCACAGUGGUCCCAGUGUUCCGUGUCAUGUGGUAAAGGUAGCCAACGUAGAGAGAUCAUGUGUCUUAAUGAAUCCAAAGAGGUUGUUUCAAGAGAUAAUUGUGAAGCCCCACCACCAGCUGACGUCAGAGAAUGCAACCAGCCUGAAUGUGCACAGUGGUCUUGGACCGACUGGUCACAAUGUUCUUCCACUUGUGGCCAAGGAAACCAGAUUCGCCAUCAUCGAUGUUUACAGUCUAAUAUUACAGUUAAUGACUCGGAAUGUGGAGAAAAUAGCUCCGAACCGGAAACUCGUUCCUGCUCUAAAAAACCAUGCUUUUUCAAAUGGGAGAAAGGAAAUUGGAGCAAAUGUAGUGUUACAUGUGGAAAAGGACAAAAACAGCGAGAAAUCAGCUGCUUAGAUGGCAGUGGUGACGUGGUGGCAGACAAGUUAUGUGAAUCGAAACGAAAACCUAAAACCACACGAGCAUGUAGAAGGGGUCCAGCUUGCCCUUAUUCAUGGAUACCUGAUGAAUGGACACAGUGUUCGAGCUCGUGCGGACCAGGCGUACAAAUGCGAAGAGCUCACUGCUUUCGAGUGAAUGCUUACGGUUGGAUAGACCCUAACCCAUUACAAGAACCACUUGACAACAAUGACACAUGGUGUGACCGCAAGAAGCGCCCUCAAGGAGUUAGAAUCUGCAACUUAGGCGACUGUGAAAAUGGAGCUGUGUGGAAACCCUGGCCAUGGAAAUAUUGUUCAAAGUCAUGUGGUGUGGGAAAACAAAGGCGUCGAGUUGCUUGUUAUAACCUGGAAGGAAAACGAAUCGGAAGAAGAAACUGUGACCUCUCUUUGCGCCCAAAGACCAAACGCAAGUGUACUAUGAGACCAUGUAAAGCAGUUAGCUGUAAAGAUGUCCAAGAACGAACAGGGAUAAGAGAAGAUGGAGAGAAAGAUUUGUAUGUACGUGGGAAGACACUCAAGAUAUAUUGCGCUAACAUGAACACAUCCGACCCUCUGGAAUAUGUGUCGCUACCUAGUGGAGAUAGCAACAAUUAUUCUGAAAUGUAUGAUAAAAGAUUAAUAAGUCCCGGCACAUGUCCCUACGACGGAAUUCGUCACAGUUCUUGCCCGUGUGUGACUGAGCGCAGGCUAGGAUCAGGACUGACAAUGUUCAGCAAGUUGGCAAUAAACAUCACAACUCUUCAGGUCCUCACUGAUGAUUUCACCUUCAGUAAGACCUCACAAGGUCAUAGAGUAAGGUAUGGAGAGGCUGGGGAUUGUUACAGUCUCAACUCGUGUCCGCAAGGUCGUUUUGCUAUCAAUUUGGAAGGUACAGGUUUCAUCGUGUCGGAUGCUACUCAAUGGAAAAAAUAUGGUACCAGGCCUUCUGCCAGAUUAUACAUGUUACAGAGUAGAGAAGUAGUUCAAGGCAAAUGUGGAGGUUAUUGUGGAAAAUGCACACCAGACGUCAGUAGUGGUCUUCUAUUAGAUGUGGCACCUCCCUGACUAAGGACUACGUUUAGGAGAAAGAUUCACGUAGAAGCUACAAACGGUCACCGGGACCUCUGACAUCAGUAUUGUUAUGAUUGCUCAUUGGCUCAUUUGUAUAUAUCUCACGUCACAUAGCAUGGUAUCUAAUCUAUAGACUACCACGUGGUAUGGCAUCACGUGUAAUUAUGUCACAAGUAUAAUACUUGUAAUUUCUCAAGUUCUGCUUUCAAAAACUAGUCGUUUAUAAUGCUGUUAAUCAACAACAAAGAUCUUAAAGUAUCACAUUUUCUCAGUAUUCAUCCUUAGGGCGGUUCCACAGUUUGCAGCUUUUCAAUCUCAAACUAUUCCCUGAUUAAUCUUUUUGCUUUUAUUAUAAAAGUAGUAUUAUCGAGAGUAGUUGAUUUAGUUAUAUCUCAAUCAUUUUUAUUGUAGGUCAUAGAUUUCACCAACCAAAAAUUUAAAUCCAUACACGUCAUACAAAGGAAGUGUCACUACCACCAAGGUGUUAUGUAAAAUUUAAAUUUAUUAAUUGUUGAUAAAGUUGACGAUUCAGUAUGUUCACGACAUCACGAUUAGUCUAAAACUAUAUUAAAUCGUAAUUUGUAUCUGAAACUAAUAUAAAAGAAUACGUACCCCUUAGUACAGUUUAUUGUAUUUUACCAUGAACGAAUAUCUUAUGUACAGGCCAGUUUUUCAUAAAUUUUAAUUAAACGUGCAUGAAUUAUCUUUAAUGAUUUUAUCUGAAUUAUUAAAAAAAAUUGCAUUUUCCUAACCCUUUUCUCAGCUUGCUGUUUAGGGUUUUAUAAAUGCUAAUUAAUGAUAAAUUAUAAUUUUGUGUUAUAAGGUAUGACUUGUAAACAACGCAGCUGUUUUUUGUUGGUUUUUUUUUGUUGUUGUUCAUUAUAUCCUAUUUUUUCUGUGCUAUUCGUUUUAAUUGUUGUUAUUUGUUAUUAAGCUCAAAGGGCUAUCUGUGCUCUGCCCACCUAGUUUCUAGUAGUAUAAUUCCGCAGACAUACCACUGUGCCACUGGGAGUGGUGGGGGUAUUCGUUUUAGAUCACUCACCUUUCAUGUUUAACAUGUCGUUUGCCAGUAGAGUAUUAAACCUCUAGUGUUAGGGAUUGUUCUUUUAUGAAAAAAAAGUUGAAGUUGACUUCUUUAUUUAUUCAGUAAUAUUAAUAAAUCUAAAUUGCCUUUGACGAUAGUAUGCACCAAGUAUAUACUAACAAAUUAAAUUAGCCUUUCUGUCGGAAUACGAGUUGGGGAUAAUUUUCGAUACUUUACUUCUUGUUGGAUUAUGUAUUUAAAAGUGGUCUUGACAGAACCCAAAACACCUUUUAUUAAUGGUUGCAUUUCAGUACUGAGUCAAGGAAUGGGAGGAGAUAAUACCUUCCCCAUUUUUGUCAGAAUGGACGUCAGGGCAACGUGAAACUCAAUCGCUUGCUAAAAGUUACUUAUGGAAUGCUGAUGUAUAGAUUCUGUUUCGUGAAAACUUUUACCUAAAAAUGUAUUCAUGAAAUUCUGUGCAUAAAAUAUUCUAUAGGUAUAUGGUACUGAUAAUGUAAAAUAGAUUCAUUCAUUGAAGUAGGACAGUUCAGUUUUCUCUAUAUAAUCUACUUUAAUACCAUUGCAAAUUUGAUACAUGAUUUCAGGGAUGGAAAAUAGGUUUUAACUGGCGUGCCAAAAUAAAAUGAAAGUGUUAAGUUUUCACAUACUUUUUAUUUAUUUCAUUUA